GUGGGCGGGCAGCGGCGUCUGCGCGCGGAGGAGGUGGAGGAGGCGCCCGGCGGCCGCUUCCCGCCCCCGAGCCUGAGCCGGUGCCGAGCGGAGUGGAGCCGAGUUGGACCCGGAGCGGAGCCGGCUGAGCGGGCGCCGACUCCCCGCCAUGGCCCGGAACACGCUGUCCUCGCGGUUCCGUCGGGUGGACAUCGACGAGUUUGACGAGAACAAAUUCGUGGACGAGCAGGAGGAGGCGGCGGCGGCGGCGGCAGAGCCAGGCCCGGACCCUAGCGAGGUGGACGGCCUUCUGCGGCAAGGGGACAUGCUUCGGGCAUUCCAUGCAGCCUUGCGGAACUCUCCCGUCAACACCAAGAAUCAGGCCGUGAAGGAACGAGCCCAGGGCGUGGUGCUUAAAGUGCUUACAAAUUUUAAGAGCAGUGAAAUUGAGCAGGCUGUGCAGUCACUGGACAGAAAUGGCAUUGACUUGCUAAUGAAGUACAUUUAUAAAGGGUUCGAGAAGCCCACAGAAAACAGCAGCGCAGUGUUACUCCAAUGGCAUGAAAAGGCAUUAGCAGUAGGAGGACUAGGCUCCAUUAUAAGAGUUCUUACAGCAAGAAAGACUGUUUAAAAAAAAAAAAAAAAAGGACUUAUGUUACCUUGAGAAGAAUUUUGGAUGCACAGGCUGAUGAAGAAGGGACUGACAAUGGACCAUCUUCCUAGGACCUCCCAGCCAAACUAUUUCAGGACAUGCAUCCGCCGAAGUGUAUUUUAUUUUCAAGGUGGAGGGAGAAAUCGUCUGUUUCCUAAAUCCUUUGCAGGAUCUGAUAGUCUAUGCCUUUGUCCGCAAGUAACACAGAACGGACGUCGUAACCGUCUCCUGGCGUGGCUGGCCAGCAGUGGUCAGGUGUACCUGUGUGCUCUGCCUGUUUAAAGUGGGGGAGGGACAGCCUGGGCAGGUACAGAUCCAAGGGCUGUGGUAAAAGGGAGAGCUUGUUUUUGAAGUAGUAAAACUUCAAGGGUUUGUACAGACAUCCUGUCUUCCCAGAGAAGACGGCUCUCUUGGGUUCAUUGUAAAGUGCCUGCUGCAUCAAUAAAGCUCUUGGCUUAUUAGUAUGUA